AUGGCCUCCGCUGACAUUCUUACCAUUUCACCUUCCAUCACUGAUACUCUCCACCUUGACAACCCUUCUCCUACUAUCCCUGAGUCGUCCACAUCUUCAAAAAGAAAAUAUUCUUCAGACAGUCCACUCAUUGAUAUGUCAAACAUGGCGCCGCCAGUGAAGGUUGCUUUCAAUCCUGCUGAUCACCUCAGCUUCAAACCACCCUCCAAGGUAUUCACUAUGAAAGACUUGGGUCUACCGGACGAUACAGGUGUCUCUGCCGUAGCUGUGUCGGAGCCCUUUCAACUUUUCACUCCAGAAGCCAUCCAGCGAAUGAGAGCCGAAGUCCUCAGCACACGGGUCUGGGAGAAUUGCCAGUACUCAAGCAACCUAUCUCAGUGUCAGCUUCGAGGCUUUGCACCAGAUUACGCACCAUUUGUGUACGACGCAUGGAAGAGCCCAGAGACCCUUGCCAUCAUCUCUGAAGUCGCAGGUGUCGAUCUCGUUCCUCAGAUGGACUUUGAGAUUGGUCACAUCAACAUCUCCAUGCAGAGCGAGGAGCAGAAGCACGAAAGCAUUGCUGCCUUUGCUGAAAAGAAGUCUCGGGAAGCAGACGAAGGUGUCGCAGGUUGUCCAUGGGAGGAUGACAAUCCAAUCGUUGACUGGCAUACCGACAGCUAUCCGUUCGUUUGUGUCCUCAUGCUGAGCGAGUGCACUAACAUGAUCGGUGGCGAGACGGCUCUCAGAACUGGUACUGGAGAGAUCAUGAAGGUCCGAGGUCCACAAAUGGGAUGUGCUGUUGUUCUGCAAGGCCGAUACAUUGAGCAUCAAGCUCUCCGCGCAUUCGGUACUACUGAACGCAUCACAAUGGUUACCUCUUUCCGCCCAAAAUCUGCCGCUAUCAAAGACGACACUGUUCUCACGACCGUUCGCGGUGUAUCGAACCUCCCUGAGCUGUACUUCCAAUACAGUGAAUACCGCCUGGAAAUGCUUGAGGAACGAAUCCGAAAAAAGCUAAAGGAAAUGCAGGAACAAAAGCGUACCCACCGUGGUUUUGAUAUAUGUGCCAUGAAGAAGUUCGUCAAGGAGCAGGAAGAGUUCUUGGCAAAGAUGGAUCAACAAAUGCUCGAAGAAAGCAAGGUCACCAAAGGUUUCUGCGAUGACAGUCAUCUCUUAUCUUCUGACCUGAAGGAAAAAUCUCGCAAGAAGGCUCGUACUGCGGUUGCAAGUGAAACUGUGUGA